AUGAAAAGGCAGCUUUCUGUGUACUGGCCAUUUUCUGCUUCCGAUCUUUACAAUUGGAAAACCCAUAACCCCUCUUUCUCUCAGGACCCCCAGGCUCUGACUGGGCUGAUCGAGUCAAUUUUAUUGACUCAUCAGCCCACCUGGGAUGAUUGUCAGCAGCUUCUGCAGACCCUCCUCACUACUGAGGAAAAGCAGCGUGUCUACCUUGAGGCACGGAAAAACGUCCCUGGAGCAGAUGGCCGACCGACCCUACUGCCAAACGAAAUCGAGGAGGCGUUUCCCUUAACCCGUCCUGAUUGGGACUACACCACCGUUGCUGGUAGGGAGCGACUUCGUCUUUACCGCCAGAUUCUCCUUGCGGGUCUCAGAGGGGCUGGAAAGCGCCCCACCAAUUUGGCCAAGGUACGUGCAGUAGUACAGGGGGCUGAGGAAACGCCGGCAGGCUUCCUAGAAAGAUUAAUGGAAGCCUACCGUAUGUACACCCCGUUUGACCCCCUGGCAGAGGACCGGCAGGGAGAUGUAAUCAUGUCCUUUAUAGGACAGUCAGCGCCGGACAUCCGCAAUAAAUUGCAGUGGCUAGAGGGGCUUCAGGGGUAUACUAUACAAGAUUUAAUGAAGGAGGCAGAAAAGAUUUACAACAAAAGGGAGACCCGAGAGGAGAAGGAGGAAAGGAUCCGCAAGGAGCAGGAGGAAAGGGAAGACAAAAGAGACAAAAGACGUAAUCGAGAGCUUAGUAGAAUUUUGGCCACCGUAGUGCAGGAUACAGAAAGGAGUAGACCAGGAAAGAAUAGGGACUUGGGAGACAAACGAAAGCCUCGGGUGGAAAGAGAUCAAUGUGCCUAUUGUAAAGAAAGAGGACACUGGGUCAAAGACUGCCCGAAGAAAACACAGGGACCAAAGAAGAGACCAGUUCCAAUCCUGUCCCUGGAAGAAGACGACUAGGUGAGUCAGGGCCAGGAGCCCCCCCCUGAGCCCAGGAUAACCCUUGAAGUGGGGGGCAGACCGGUAACCUUCCUGAUUGACACGGGAGCCCAGCACUCGGUACUGACUUCAGAAAAAGGGCCUUUAAGCUCCAAGACUUCCUGGGUUCAGGGGGCAACUGGAGGGAAGUUAUGUCGCUGGACAACCAAUCGAGAGAUCCAGUUAAGUACAGGACUUGUGACACACUCGUUCUUACUAGUGCCAGACUGCCCCUACCCCCUCCUGGGCAGGGACCUACUCUCGAAGGUAGGAGCCCAAAUUCACUUCCAUGAGAAAGGAGCUACCAUCACAGACUCAGGAGGGCGGCCCCUCCAGGUAUUAACACUACGCUUGGAGGACGAACACCGAUUAUUCGAGAGGCCCUCGUCCACCAUGGCUCCCCUGGACCCCAAGUGGCUCACAGAUUUUCCUCAGGCCUGGGCAGAGACUGCGGGAAUAGGGCUGGCCGUCAACCGGCCUCCCUUGAUCAUAGAUCUGAAGCCCACGGCCAUUCCCGUGUCAGUUCGUCAAUAUCCGAUGGGCAAGGAAGCUAAGGAAGGUAUCCGGCCACAUAUCCAGAGACUGUUACACCUAGGCAUUUUAAAACCUUGUCGUUCACCUUGGAACACCCCCCUACUACCAGUAAAGAAGCCUGGUACGGGUGACUACCGCCCGGUACAGGACUUGCGGGAGGUUAACAGGAGAACGGAGGAUAUGCAUCCCACAGUGCCCAACCCCUACAAUCUGCUAAGUACCUUGCCUCCGACCCACGUAUGGUACACUGUGUUAGAUCUAAAAGAUGCAUUCUUUUGUUUAAGACUGAGCCCUCAGAGCCAAUCCAUCUUUGCUUUUGAGUGGAAAGACCCAGAGACCGGGUUUUCAGGACAACUCACCUGGACAAGGUUGCCCCAAGGAUUUAAAAACUCGCCUACCUUGUUUGACGAAGCUCUGCACCUAGAUUUGGCCGACUUCCGAGUCAACCAUCCGGACCUGGUCCUCCUGCAAUAUGUGGACGACCUCCUCCUUGCCGCUGAAACUGAGCAGGACUGCCUAAAAGGUACCGGGGCCCUGCUACAGAGACUGGGGGAAUUGGGCUAUCGAGCCUCCGCGAAAAAGGCCCAAAUAUGUCAGAAACAGGUGGCCUACCUAGGCUACCUCCUAGAAGGAGGGCAACGGUGGCUGACAGAGAGCCGAAAAAGGGUGGUUGCUCUAAUUCCACCCCCCACCGAUGCCAGAAAGAUGCGGGAAUUCCUCGGGAGUGCGGGAUUCUGCCGCCUUUGGAUUCCUGGGUUUGCGGAGCUGGCAGCCCCAUUGUACCCCCUCACGAAUUCCAGCGCUCCCUUUCAAUGGAGAGAAGAGCAACAGCGGGCGUUUGACAACAUAAAAAAGGCCCUGUUGUCAGCCCCAGCCCUGAGCCUCCCUGAUAUGACCAAGCCCUUCACAUUAUACGUGGAUGAGAACAAGGGAGUGGCGAAGGGAGUGCUAACACAAAUGCUUGGACCCUGGAAAAAGCCGGUGGCAUACUUUUCAAAAAAGCUAGACAAUGUAGCGGCCGGCUGGCCUCUGUGCCUCCGCAUGAUAGCGGCCGUGGCAGUUCUGGUGAAAGACUCGGAUAAAUUGACUCUAGGCCAACCUCUCACCAUAGUGGCACCUCAUGCUGUGGAGACAGUUAUCCGCCAGCCACCAGAUCGGUGGCUCUCAAAUGCUCGGAUAACUCAUUACCAGACUAUGUUAUUAAACUCAGAGCGGGUCCGGUUUGGGACUGCCACCUCUUUAAACCCGGCCACCCUGCUCCCGGAACUGGGGCCCCAGGCCCAGGUAAUCCAUAACUGUCACCAAAUCCUGGCUGAGGCCCACGGCACCCGAAAAGACCUAACCGACCAGCCUCUGCCGGAUGCCGAAAUGACCUGGUUCACGGAUGGGAGCAGCUUUCUACAGAACGACACCUUCUCCGGAUGGACUGAGGCAUUCCCCACAAAACGGGAAACCGCCCGGGUGGUCGUCAAGAAGAUCAUAGAGGAGAUCUUCCCCCGGUUCGGCUUGCCUAAGGUAAUCGGGUCCGACAAUGGCCCAGCGUUUGUCUCCCAGGUAAGUCAGUUGGUGGCCAAAGCAUUAGGCAUAAAUUGGAAAUUGCACUGUGCCUAUAGACCCCAAAGUUCAGGACAGGUAGAAAGAAUGAACAGAACAAUUAAAGAGACCUUGACCAAAUUAGCGUUAGAUGUUAGUCAACAUACAUCAGAGGACUGUCAUGCCUACUAA